AUGGCAACUUCCUUCGACUGGGUACCUACUAAUGGUCUAAUACAUGGCCGUAUCGUAAAUAAAUUUCUUCCAUUGAAGAAGCACCCUCAGUUAGGACUUCAAAAUGACAACUUCUCUAACUUAUACCCAGGUGAUGAAGUUUAUGUGUUCGAAGAGACCACAGACCAGGAAUGGUGCAGAGGAUACAUUUGCUGGCAACCACUUCCUGAAGAUUUUAUUAGCAGGUCUUCUUCUUAUACUGAUAAGCUGCCCGAACAAAAAUUUAAAGUUGUAGUAUUCCCGAAGAGAUUCGUCCAUCUAUAUUACGAUGAGGAAACUAGCAGUUUACCAUUUUUACAACUUCCGGAAGAAUCGCAGUUCAAAAGUGCAUCCUCAAACCCCGAUUUGUCAUGCAUGUACGAUUUAACAGGCGAGUGGAGUCGCAACGAUGUCUUAGAAUUUCGUUCGGCAAUUAUCAAGAAGAAACGUCCUCCUUUUCCAUUUUACAGAAUGCUAAAUUACGGAGUUAUUGGAGAAAUGGGUCCCAUUUUGGCACUUCUUGUGUCCCAUAUCUACUCCAUGUAUUCCUUUGGUGAAUUCGAGACCGCAGAACAUUUGGCAGAGCUUUAUUAUCGACUUGAUGAUAUCCGUCUUAGGUUAGAAUUCAAUUUAACUACCAAGCAGGAACUCGAAAAGCUUAUCAAAUUCUCAAGCGCUUUAUCUUAUAAAAUCGCCAAAUUUAUAUCUGUAAAAGGAAUGCGAAACAGAUAUGCCUUCGAUGGUACCACGAUUGUUGAUUCUUCGGGUUAUGGUAGCGUACUAUGCCGUGAUAUAGAGACAGGUGAACUAUAUGAAUAUGAGAAAAUCACUCCUCAAUUACUCUCAUGCUCAAGUAUGUUAUGUGCGUUGAGCAAAAACUUCCCAAGUGCAAAUUUUGUCGAGUUACAAAUGGAACCACCAGCUAAUAUGAAGUACGACUCAUUGGAUCGCUCUAAUAUUUUGGUAGAUUUUAAAGAUGUUGAAAGCGGUCCAGGGAUCAACCCCAAUUUUCAAAAUCUGUCAGCCUUCAUGUACUUGAGAACAGCAAAGAAGGUUUUAACUGAGCCAUUCAUUUUGAACAUGAAUCGCGACGAUAUCGUUUCGGUUGAUAGUAUAUCAGCUGCGUUUUUUAAUAACAUCCCACCUGCAGAAAUAGAUAACACAAAAAUAUAUCUGGCUGUGAUCUUGCAAGAAAACAUUCAAAUAGAGAUCCAGUCCCCAGAUCCUUCCAAGGGAUUUCAGGCUCCAUUUAUUCCCUUCCAGUCGAGUCGUCCAAAUGUUAUCACACAUAUAAAUAAAGGGCUAGCAGGAGGUGUCGUGGAUAUUACGCGUGUUUUCACAAGAAGAAAGGGUUCGCUGGCAGGUGGCACUUCUCAUCACUUCAACAUUGAACUUUUUGCAUCCUAUUUUUCAAAGCGCAAGGAAAGCGCGAAAUCCAUUGAUGGCCUCAAAAACGGGAGAACGGCAUAUUCAACUUCGAAAAGUGAGGGAAACAAUGGAUGGGGUGAAUUAAUUGAUAGAAUAAUUGCUGAUUCUAAUCAAGGGAUAGCUGUGAAUCCCCGAGCCAUAAGUUUAUCAGUAACAGUGCGCGAGGUGAAACGGAAUUCAAAUUCGUCGAGCCUGUUGAGUACAAAUAUGAAUGCUAUUCAAAGCAUUCCAACCUUUUUUUACGAUACGUUAUCUCCCCCAGAGGACAGAAUCUAUUUGACAUUAGGAAAAGUUUCAAUCUUCAAUUUGAAAUCGAGUGAUACGAAUGUUUCAAGUGUAUCAAUUCAUUUAUCUACAAGUAACGAGGAUAUUACAUUCAGGAAAGGAUCAAAUGAUGAAUCUAAAUCGAAUUGGCUCUUUGUGUCUGUGAAAGCAGGUGAAUCGGUGGGAGAGAUCAUCAGAAUUGACGGGUUGUCUAAAAUGCAAGAUAAUGAAACUCUGAGAGUUUCUGCCUAUUUAAACGGUUACCUAAUGGCAAAAUCCAAAUUUUAUAUCAAGCGCAACGGUACAAUCAUAGAAUAUCCGCAACACUCCGUAUUUCAGCUGAUGUCGACAUCUAGUGAGCCCCUAGUAGAAAUAGAGGUUAUGACGGAAUAUGUUGGGAAAACUUACAAUGUCAAAACAAACGUGACUGAUAUUCUAGCUCUGAGAUUGGAAGCUGAUAAUUUCGGGCAAUUUGAAGAAAAAGCUGUUCAUCUUCUUGGAGGUCUAAAGACGAUACCUUUAACCGAUUUAGUUAAACACUUUGAUCCUCUCCUUAUGAAAAUUUUAGAACUAUUUUACAUUGCACACAUUUCUGAGGGUGAGAAAUCCUCCGAGGAACUUAAAGUUACAGCUUUUACGGCACUUGUUCACUUCUUAGACGUCGUCGUUGCUCGGGAGGAUAACUUUAGACAUCUCUUCAAUGAUUUUAUGAAGAAGUCUAGGGCAGAAAACAUUGCUAGGCUUUCAAAGUUAGGCCCUCAUGUUAUCAACUAUGCGUCAGUUUAUUUCCGAGAGUCACAUACGAAGUGGGAUUAUAACGGUCGCUCUUUGUGUCGCGUGUCCGUUUACCUACUCAAAAUAUCCCUGAUUACAUGGGACCAUGAACAUCUAAACCUAUUGAAGUCUUAUGAUAAUUUCUUUGAGGCAGUAUGCCACUUCUUUAGCUUCACUAAGGAGUCUACUUUGGUAGACCAAGUAACCAUUCUAGAUGCGUUUGACAUAUGGAUUUCUGCCCUCUCCAAACAUUGCGAACCAAAAAAACUGAUUGAAUUCGCUACAAGGUUAUUUCAAGCAUGUCAUGAGAAGGAAAGGAUUACUGGUAUUCAGAAGAGACCAAUGACUGUUCGAGAGCAGCGCUUUGUUAAUGCUAAACUACUUCUAAUGCGUCGUUUAAUUAUUGGCCCAUCAUUGAAGAAAUAUUUAUUCGAAUCGAAAUCAAAUGAUGAAGAAAGAAUGAAAUUUAUACCAAAUGUGAUCGAAUGGUCUUUCGAACCAUUCUUCAGCUACAAUAAUGACAAUCUGGACCUGUCUACCAUAAGACUCGCUAACGGUGUUUUAAUUAGCAUAAUUACAUAUGCUUCCGAAGUCAUGCAAAGGAACUUAGUGCGGUUAUUGCCUACCCUAUGCCGGUUUUUCAUUUUGGUACGCAAAUUCUGCAAAGAGAAGGACUUGUUCAAAUUUAGAAGAACUUUUACUGCGUUAUUUCCAGUUUCUCACCCUUUUCCAGAGAUUACAGUAGAUUCGAUCAUCAAUGAAGAGAUCGUUGUUGAAGCUUUGAUCGAGCUAGCAACAAUAAUUGCCUCGGUUACGAAAAUUGCGGAGAAUAUACUGCGAGACUCAUUAUCUUUCAUGGCGAUAAUCAAACAAUGCUCAAACGAUAGAUAUUUUGACUCCGUUUUUUACAUCAAUCAGUUUGCUAGAGAAGAUCUUUUAAGCAUUAUUCACACGGUCAAGCUGUUCCUAAAGGGAAAAUUCUUUCCGGCCAAGAGAUGGUUAAGUUUGAAUGAACUAUUUAUGAGAAGCUCUUUAUGCUUAUUAAGUCUUUGUAAAGACAUUCUUAUCGAGUAUAAGAUUCCCUCGUUUGACGUUGAUGAGGAAAGUUUUGAUGUGAAGUUAUGGUGUGACUUUUUCAAAACCACUUUAGUGAUUGGUAACCAUAUACCAUCAAAUCCUACCUCUUUGGCAGAAAUUCCAAGAAAGGCAGUUUAUAAUAUUGGGGGUGAUUAUAGACAAACGACAGCCUCACUUCUUGAAGAAUGUUGGGACGCUCUUGGUCAAAAAACUGACGGAAGCGAGGUGUGGUUGAGAUUCGGAGUUCAAAAAGCGGGAGGAUAUCAACGAUUCAUAGCGACAGGAGACAAGACGAUCAUAAGGGAAAUUCUAGAAUUUACUUUCCAGCGGCACGCCGAAGCACGUCGUGUCGGAGCCAAAAUUGUUUGGGGAACUAUUGUCAAUUGCUGGGUCGCUUUCAAAACGCUUACACCUGUCAUGGAUUUAGCAUUACCAGAACUAUGUUUUGCAUUUCAAUCUGGUAAAUUUCAGCCCACAGAUUAUGAACUUGAAAAUUACAUGAGAGCACUACUCUAUACAAUCCAUAUCAAGAGAGAAGAUGAAGCAUUCGGUCCAGUCGUCAUGACUUUAAAGAUGGCACGGAAUCUUUUGAAUGUACUUUCUGAUGCCAAUGCUAUCCCUGAGGAUGCUGAGUUUGACGAUGAUAGAACUGCUCAUCAAAUUACCAUUUUUGGCUACUUGAUGAGAGCAAAGAGGCCAGAAGAGUUCCACAAGCUGAUCAAUGACCUAUAUGUUUACAACAUGAAGAAAAAAGAUUACGUUCAAGCCGCUCUAAGUCUGGAGCUUCUUGCGAGAACAUAUGAAUGGGAUCCAAAUGAUAGUCUCCCAGCCGUAGUAUUUCCACCUCUGCCAGUUCAAUCUUCUUUUGCCAGAAGGGAGUAUCUUUUCAAGGAAGCUGCAAGGAAUUUCUAUAGAGGACUAAAGCUGGAGAAAGCUUUAACGGUCUACAAGGAACUUGCACAGGCAUAUGAGCAAAUCAACUAUGAUCUGAACGCGUUGGCACAAGUUCAUGGUAAUAUAUCAAGGCUUUACAAUGACUUGCAAACUGUAAACAGGUUGAUUCCGACUUAUUUCAAAGUGACAUUUGUUGGAUUUGGAUUUCCCACUUCGAUUAGGCAAAAAUCUUUCAUAUAUGAAGGGUUGCCAUUUGAACACAUUACUUCAAUGCAAAGUAGGAUUCUACUUUCGCACCCAGGUUCCAGGCUUAUUACAAAACAAGAAGAGAUGGAUAACCUUUUGGUGAAUCCACCAAUGGGUAAGUGCAUACAUGUUAUUGCAGUUGAGCCACAACUUGGUCUAUCAGAAAAAUUCAUCAAUCAAGACAAAAAGAAUUCUGUCAACAACAAAAUUAGAUUAUACAUUGAAAACAGAAACCUGAAUACGUUUUGUGGUUCGCGGAUGCUGCCAGGAGCGUCAUCGGUCACUGAUUUAUGGGUUAAGGAAUUUACCUAUGAAACUACUUCAACUUUCCCUACGCUAAUGAACAGAGCGGAAAUCAAGAAGGUCUCUGAGAAAACUUUAUCUCCGAUUGAAAAUGCAAUUAAAUCAAUGCAAUUCAAAAUUCAAGAUCUGACAGGUCUAGAAGACACUUGUUGUAAGUUGAUCAAAGAGAACGGAGAUUAUUCUGGAGCGUUUUCGGAGUUGUCUCGUAAUAUUAGCGGUACGAUCGAUGCACCAGUAAAUGGUGGUGUCUCGCAAUACCGCGAGUUCUUUUUGACAGUUGAUGGUGCAGUGGUCGCUGAAGAGAACCAAUUAAGUUUAUUAAAAUCAACAUUCGAUGAAUUGGCAGUGACAUUGAACAAAUGUUUGGUUUUGUAUGGUGAAAUGUGCCAAUCUCAUCUAAAGAAAACUCACAUAAUGCUGCUCAAUUUGUACCGGAAAAACUUCGCUGAUGAGAUUGAGCGGAAUCAUAUUACGGUAGGUGAAAGUGAUGAAGACUUAAUUAGUCGGAUCCGUUCCAACCAGACUCAAGCAACACAACCUUCCCUUGAGUUACAGCAAGAUUUAUUGACACCACAGAUGGCGCUCAUGUCUAGCGCUGCAUCCGUUUAUUCGUCUGGUAGUGGGCACAGUAGGGGCAGUUCCGAACUUGCGACGACCGCUUCUCAGCAUUCUGCCGGAGUCAAUUCGAUUUCCAGAAAUUCUGUUCAGUCAUCAAAAAUAAGCUUGUUCAGAAAGCCGCCGAGUAAAAUGGCACCUAAAGCUGAUAAACCAAAGACCACGACGAAUUCAUUUAGAAAGCCUACUCAUUAA